CUGUGCCAUGAGUUACUACCACGAAAAGUUCAGGCAGUUUUUCUUGCGACCGAAGGUUUAACAGUUUACAAGUUCACGAAAAUGUUGGCGGUUGUUCCCCUGCUAAGUUUGGGUACAAACAGGGAUUCGGCGAUGGAGAAUCAGGUUAGUUGCAUGCAUUUAGAGAAGAACAUAAAUCAGUGUCCACCAGUCAACGGCGUUUAAGUCUAGUGGGAUGCUAUUCCUACUUCUUAGAAAUUUUUACAUGUACGACUUUCAUUUCACCAGGCUGACCAAAAAAUAGAGUGCCGGUCAUUUCGACCACGGUCAUAAACAGUUAGUAAACCUUAAGAUUAAGUCAUAAGUGUGGAUUCUGAAGUGAAAAAAGGUCAGUAGUCUCUUGAAAUUGUUCGCAAAGUUUGGAAAUUUUUUUUUGGCGAAAAUGAUCAUGGUUCGGAAACGUGAUUUUGAGAGAAAGUGCCUGUGAAACUUACUUUGUUGCGUAAUUUACGUUGAUACCAAGUAGCAAGACACAUCUUUCAAUAUUUAUAGAUAAGUGCAACGAGUAACCCUACUUCGAAAUUUUAUCCAAGCCUAAAGUUCUAGAAGAAUACAAUGUCUCGCCUGAAAAGAAUGAUAAAGUCGCUGCUUACAAAGUCAGGUGAUAUUUGUGAUAUCAAGUGAUAUAUUUAUUUACCUAUGCCAUUAAUCAAUUCAGUAAAUGCUUCGUUGUAAUAUCCUAACAUAUCAUAUUUUCUGAACAUUUUUCUCGUCCAUUAGGAGGUGUAUUGUAACUACAAAUAUCUUCAACCUCCCGUAACUCAACAAUCUAAAGUGAUUCAAGCCACACUAGAUUUUCUGAAAGUUAAAAAAUAUUCUAUCGUGUAUGAAAUGCACACAGAAAACGAAAAGCUAGCUCAGGAGGGUUUUUCACCGGAUACAAAUCGGAAUGGUUAUGUCUUCAUGACACCGCUCGUAUCCAAAGGAAAGUAUGCUGACUUCACUACACUUGUGGUUCAAGUUACAGAAGUAUUAACUAAGAUUAAAAUCCAGGAAAUCAAAGUGAUCGUUUUGACCUGUGGGGAAGAGUUGGUAAGAACUGUUUUUAAGAUUGCGACGAAGUUAGGGAUGGUUUCCGAAGAUUUUCUUUGGAUUGGAACGGAGGCAGUCAUUCAAGCCUUAAACGUUACAAACGAUCGGCAUCAGGACAUGCCGAUUGGCAUUUCAAACUUGAUCGGAGUUAAACUUAACAUGUCGGAAGAAACAAUAGGUAAGAAACAAUAGGUAGGAACAAUUUAAAACUCUUAAUUAGCAUAGAGUCCUCGUAGAUAGCUUCACUAUGUACGCACUUGGAAAAAAUUCAUUGAAUUAUUAAUUUUAUUAUUGUUGAGAUUUAUUACGCAGCGUUGAAUUCAGUUAGUAUAAGUAAUAACAUGAUUUCUAACGUAAUUUGGUGUCAAUAAGCACAAGUAAACUUUUCAAAGACAACAAAAUUGCACGAGUCCGAAAGGCAAGUGCAAUUUGUAGUCUUUUAAAAAUUUACAAGUGCUUAUUACACCAAAUUUUGCGAGAUAAAUCGUUACUUGUUAAUAAUGUACAAAUAAACAUCACAAAAAUUCAAGACAGAUGAAAUUUUGAAAGCGUGCGCUCGCUAUUUAUAUACAUGAGAAUGCACUCGUUUUCAGCCAAUCAGAAGCGCGUAAUGUUUUCAUGUACAUUAUUAUUAUUAAUUUCAUUAUUGUUGAACUUUAUUACACAGCAUUAAAAGCACUACAGAUUCUUGCUUCUUCAACACAAGUUGACUCCAAUGAAUCAGUGCUGACUGUUUCACUCCCAAACGGGUCAUGUGAUGGUGUGUUUCAUAGGACGUCUUUUAAAAAGUUGAUGAGGUAAGCGUUCACUAAAGAUGGCUCGCAUAACGCCAAUAAGUUAACAAAAUCUCCAAAUUUCGGCAUUUAUAAAUUCGUAAUUUCAUGAUCUUUCCACAGUCCUUGUAGACCGACGACCAAAAGUUUGACGUUGAAUCAGCAAGUUGUCAGCGAUACUUACGACAUUUUAAAGCUAGAAAUUAAUCCUGUGUUGAGGCAAUCUUGGAGGAAAAUUGCAACGUUUCAAAAUAACGGAAGCUUUCAGUUUGAAGAAAACUUUCUUCCAAAAUUCGAUCCCAAACCUGGCGUUGCAUCUAAGAGUCUUCGAAUUGUUGGUAUCGAACACGGUCAGUACCUUUAUAAGGCUGGAAACGUGACAGGCUGCAUCGAACAUGGAGAGCAUUGCACGAAAGAAAAAUUACAACACAAUUCACCUCAGCCGACUUGCGAAAUAGGAGUCCCCUGUUACGAACACUCCAACAUCUCGAGCAACAGUUCAAAUCAGCUGCACGUCUUCUGUGUAUCUGGUCUAAUGAUAGACUUACUGGGCUUGAUACAGGACAAACUAAGCUUCUCCUAUGAACUAUACCUCGUACCAGAUGGAAAGUACGGGGCCAUAGAUGAUGUUACAGGUCUGUGGAAUGGUAUGAUAGGUGAAGUGUUGUACGGUAAAGCAGACAUGGCAUUAGGUACUAUCACGAUCAACGCACAGCGCAGUCAGGUAGUGGAUUUCACUACUCCUUACGGCGAAGUUGGAAUUGGGAUGGUAAUUGCCAACGGUGUUUCUUCCAAACCCUUCAUAACUAUGGAGUUUCUCGAACCGUUUGGAACAAGUUUAUGGUUUGCUAUCUUGUUAUCCAUUCUGACAAUUCUUGUCGCCUUGUGGUACCUGGACCGAAAAACAAAUGAGUUUUAUAUUAAUAGCAAUAGUUAUUUUUCGAAAAGAGCAAUCACAGAAAGCUUGAGUGAGAAAGAAAGUCUAACGUUCUUGGAGAGUAUGUCUUACACAUGGAGCACACUUGUGCACGUGCCAGCGGGAAGUGGUUUUCCAAGAAGCUUGAGUGCGCGCCUAGUGGCUAUCUUCUUUGCUUUUGCCAUGAUAAUCCUGAGCAGCACAUAUACCGCAAAUCUAGCCGCUAAUAAGGUAAAAGAUGACGCUGAGCCACCAGUAACAGGAAUAUACGACGAAAAGGUACAGUAAAGUUAAAGAAACUUAAAGCUUAUGCAUCUGAAAGGGAAGGGAUGUGAAAGGCAAAAACACGAUGGAGACGAUAAAUUAAGGGAACAGCUGGGAGAACAGUUGUGAAAGACAAAAUGGAUGGAAUAUUGAGUAGUAGCACUCCUUCCCAUCUCCCACCUUUGUUUGUCCACUUUCGUCUUAGACCCACUUUUCCUCUUGCUUGAACCCUUAAAACCCUAACAUCAGUAUGCAUAUUCUCCAUACUGUUCUCUAUACAUUUCCUACUGUACUUGCAAGGAACAUUCGUCUAACAACAAUAACUUCUUCAAUUGGUGAUCAUUUCUUUUAUUCUCCCAUCCUUAAUGUUUGAACCAGGAGUGAUUUUGUAAAGAGAAAUUGGAUUUUAGGCACUCUUAAGGGUCAAAGGUUUAAGCCCCAAAAGUUUACCGUAAUAACAGUAGGUGCAACCCCUCGUGUGCAAAGAAAUACUGAAAAAUUAUUAUCUCAUGCUUUUCGUCAUAUCAGAAUGGUGCCUUCUUAUGGUAUGUGUACAUGGAGAUAAAUUUCCUUUAUCUAAAGCAACAGAUUGUGGCAAAAUUUGUAUGUACCAGAUAAUUGUUUGACUUUAAUGUCUUACCGACCCAGAUAUGCUGACUUUCAUUUAUUUUUUUUCUCUCCUUUGACAGAUGACUAACCCUCCCCCCGGUUUUCACUUUGGAACUCUGAAGUCGAGCAGCACUGAAGCCUACUUCAAGUUUAAUCGAGAUCCGCGCAUGCGUAAAAUCUACGAUAACAUGAAGCAUUACAACGUGGAAAAUGUACAUGACGGGGUGGCAAAAGUUAAAUCUGGGUAGGAGUUCCAUAUUCAGUUGCCUUGAUUUACUUCAGAACACGCAUGAUCAAAUGUAGCUUUAUUCGGAAGAUUUCCUGUUGUACUGAAUUAACACAUAAACUUCGAAUUCCGUAAACAAAAUUAAAAAAUAAAAACAAUACAUGUAAUACUUAAGAAAUUCACAACAGUAUAGCUCCUUAUUAUCCCAAAAAAGCAGAAAUAACAGUUUAACCGAAAAUUAUAGGCGGGUAAGUUUCUAAAGAAACAGUGGUACUGCGUCGGUGGAAGAGUAUAACGGGGUAAUUUAGUGUUAUCAACUGAGUAGAUAACGCGAAUUGGCCGCCUCAAAGUGUUUCAAAGCUGACGUUUCGAGCGUUAACUCUCCAUCAGAGUUAAUGAACUAAAUCAACUGAAAAUUAGUCCAGUGGAUAUACGUGGUUGCCAAGGCUCCUGUUUAUUUAUUUUCUUCUCUUUAACCUUCUAGCCUGUAUGGAAGGACCUAGCGUCCAUGUACAAUAGCGGGUAAUGCUUAUCACGGUUAUUGGUACUCUUAUCUACAGGGAAUUUUCAGUUUACAUCGACGACCACCCUUAUCUGGAGCAUUUGGUCUCUUCGCAACACGACUGCUCCUUGAGAAUUGUGGGAGAGCCUUUUGGUAUCUCUGGAUAUGGACUAGUACUAACGAAAGAUUCCUCUUGGACCCAGGUUUUCUCAAAGAGGAUUCUCCAACUGAGUGACGAAAACGCGUUGUCUGUUCUUUGGAAUAAGUGGCUGGUGCGAAAGUGUUUGACAAAAGAAGACUUUGAGAGAUCACCACACAGAUUGUCUAUGUCUGAUCACAGCGGCGUUUUCGUGCUUGUCGCUGCUGGCAUCUUCAUAUCAAUUUUAUUUUUAGGCAUAGAGCGUAAGAUUGCUUUUUAUCAGACAAGAAGGAAAAUCAUCGCAGAAGAAUCGGAAAGAAAUGAAGACUUCGAGUUAUCUACCACGACUCCGAGAGAGGAAAGUAAGAUGCAAAGCAGUGUUUUGGACGACAGGUCAUCACGACGCAGUUUUACUCCUUCGACGACGACAUAUUCAAACUCUGUGCUACAGCUUGAACAAUGUGAUAACCAGCAGCAGCAAGAAACAAAUAGGUUUAAGUUUAAUUCAGUUUGUUAG